CAAAUGAACAGUGUAAAUGGAGCAGCGAAAUGCGCAACCUUAUCAAGUGCUGCCGAGCAGUGUGUGGCGGUGUGUAUGUUGCUUCACCAAGAACACGUGUCGGGUGACAGUUUAAAUGCUACCUUGUCAGUUAUAAUUGUACUGUUGCUUCUUUCCUGUGAAAUUUCAUAUUUUACAAAAUGCCUGCUGCGCGUAAAGUGGAACACUUGGUCGUUGAUACAACAGCUUUCAUCAAGAAUGCGAAUAUUCAGGAUCUUGCUAGCAACGUAUACACGGUUCAAGGCGUUGUAGACGAAAUAACUAACAAAAGGCAAUUAAGAAGACUGGUUGUACUUCCUUAUGAUUUAAUAAUCAAAGAUGUCUUUACUGAAAAUAUUAAAUUUGUUACAGAAUUUUCCAAGAAAACUGGAGACUACAGCAGUUUGUCAGCAGUGGACAUCCAGGUGCUGGCUUUGGCUUAUCAACUAGAAAAAGAACAUGUUGGUGUUGCUCACUUAAAAACUGAACCAACCGUGCAAAGAGUGGAUAAAUUAUCACAAAAAUUAGAUGCUUCUUAUUUGGCCAUUGCUGGAUUCUACAUGCCACCUAGAAAGAAUAAGGAAGAACUUCCAGAGGGAGAACAGAGUGGAGCUAUAAUAAGUGAUGACGAAGAUAAACAAACUGAUCCAGGUCAGGAUAAAGAAGAAGACUUGGAAAGUGAUGUCGUCAUUAUUGAAGGUGGCAAACCACCGAGUUUGGCAUGUGCACCAACUAUGCGGUUAGAGGAUGCCACUAUUAUUGAUCCAAAGAGGGUGCCUGAAGUAGACACUGUGACUGAACAGAAGGUUCCAGAGGUGGCUGAGCAGGAGAUUGACAGCGAGUUCAUGCGGGAAGUUCUCCACCAGGACAGGCAGAUCCAGACAGAAGAGGAGGAGACCCAAGCCGUGAGAGACCUGGAAGAGGCCUUGCGCAAAACAGAGAUGAUGAAAGAGGUGCCUGCUGCUGCCGCAUCGAGUGCAGAAAGCGCAGAGGAAGAAGCUGCACGUGCCACAACAGACGAAGAAGAUUCUGAGGAGGAUGAAGAUGCAUGGGACGACAGUGCAUGGAUUACACCUGAUAAUGUUGAGCAGGCAAAGCAAGAUCUGAAAGCAGCCCAGGUAGAAGUAGAUCCGGUCUCUGUUGCCUGCAUUACUGGUGACUUUGCUAUACAGAAUGUCAUCAAACAGCUGGGCAUGAAGGUACUAGCAGCUGAUGGGCGAAUCAUCAAAGAAAUGCGCACACAUAUUUUGCGCUGCUACUCCUGUUUCAAAACAACCUCAAAGAUGGAAUUGCACUUUUGUCCUCACUGUGGUAAUAAGACACUACGACGUGCAGCAGUUCUUCUAAAGCCCGAUGGAACUGAAGAAGUUCAAAUUAGUUUUCGAAAAGCUCCUACUGGGCGCGGAAAGAGGUUCUCCCUGCCUACACCAAAGGGCGGCAAGCAUGCAGUUAAUCCUAUUCUUUGCCCUGACCAGCGGAUUCCACAGCAACAUGCCACACAAUUGGCUUGUGCAAAGAACAAUCCUUUGGAACCAGAUUACAUUGCAGGGUAUUCCCCCUUUGUAUUGCGAGAUGUCACUUCUCGAUCUGCUAUGCUUGGAAUCAGAAGUAAUCAUACACAGAUAAAGAAUUGGAUGCGAAGGAAUCCUAAUGAAGUUGUUAAAAAGGGAAAGAAGAGGAAAUAAACUGAUACUUUUUUUGUAAUAAAAUUAUGUUGAAUUGAAGAUAGAAAAAAAUUGUUGUGUGAAUCCUGUAUUAAAGACUAACAAAACAACUUUUUAUUAAAGAAUUUAUUCAUUUUACAUUUAUAAUCCUAAUUUUCUCCAAUUACAUAUCAAAGAUAGUAUUUUUAACACAAGGAGGUCUGCUAAUGAGAAUUCUCAUUUCAUACUCUUCAGGAAAUGUAGAGUUUUAGAACUUUUCACAACACCUUGUAUUCAGCACUGUUCAGUACAGUCUGAGGAUGGUUUGUGGUGCCGGUACGCAAUGUGUUUAAGAAGCCUUGAUUGCAAAGUUUUUUCCCCUCUAACUACAUUGUGCAAGUGCGCAUUUCAGAAAUUCUAAUAAUGCUUUUUUCGCUUUGUAAUAGAUCGUGGGCGCCUAUUUGAACUGUACGUGCUGCAGGCUAUGUACUGAGAGGGUUGUAGGAACAGUGUGUAGUUGUUGUCUCCAUCUGUGAAAAAUGUGUGCUCCUGUUUGCCCCAACUGAUUGGAGCGUCAGCAAACCCAUUGACAUGCAGGCUACCCCAAGGACUUGCUGGUGUGUCUUCUAUGAAUCUCCUGAGCAGAGAGUAAAAACUGUAUAUCCUCUGUGCAGAAAAAAAUCCUCUCCACUCCAAAACAAGAACACCAUUGCACAUGACAGUGGGUGAAGGAGGCUCGUAACUAUUUAAAUAGUUGUCCGGAGACCCAGUUGUUAUAUCUGCCCCCAGAGAGAAAGCUCCCAGCCAUUCCACGAGAUUCUCAGCAUCUUCAUUCCAGUCUUGAGGAUCUUCAUCCUCUUUGUGCAAUGGGAAAGUGGGAACUGAUACUUUCUGCUCAAAGUGCCUCGAAGUCUUGGGCUGACAAAGCAGCACAGAGUAACCACGAGUAUGGAAAUACGAUGCAACAGAUGAUGGGCAUAUAUUUUCUCCUGGUGGCUCCCACACAAGCAACAAAUCAAACACUGGAAGUCUGUUUCGUAGAGCCUCUCGCACCCUGCUGUAGUUCUUUUUACCUGGUGUGAAGCUAGGACUGCACAGGUCUACUGUCACUAUAUGUCUCGGUGCAGUCCCAGAACUAACCGCUGAAGAAGUUCCUUCCAAACCCAAUUCCAGAUACGUCUCCCUUACUAGAUUCAAAACAAGUUGUCCAUUAGGUGUAAUACACAUACAGUCUUCUAAAUCUAUUCGAGAGCUGUCACUGAGCACAGUUAGAUGUCCUUCUUUCACAAAGGAUUCUAUAAAUUCUUUAUUGACAAAUUCGGAGAUAUUGACUUUCUGUAUCUUAUAGUAAUCACUAUCAACAUCUAGUAAGCUUGUCAAACUGUCCGGGACGCUGGAUGUGCUUGGUAACACCACAGAAAUCAAAUGGUUAAAGUGGUGAAGAUUAAUUAGUUUAUCACACGCGGUCGAAUCCUUCGCAAAAUUCCCCCGCUUAAAUUGAUGUACUGCAGCUGGGGGUGGAAAGUUCCAUACUUCUGGACACAACAUUUCUCCUCACUAUUAACACAAACAGCUGGAAAUAAUCUUCCAUUUUCUAACUUCCAAAUUAGCCAACAUUACCGAUCAAACUUGCUUCAAAGGCAUUGUAAGUUUCCCUUGCGUGAUGCUCUUCAGUUGAUUUUAAUAAUGAAAUAGAAGCGAUAGAAAAAGUUACAUAAUUUCAACUAAUAGAAAAAUACUAUAUUUCUCGAUAAAUUAUUUGUUUCUUUACAAAAUACAGAACUUUUAGGACGUUUUUUUACUUUAGUGGUUUCAAUCUGAUGACCACCGUACAUGUAUUCUGAUUGCUCACUUUCAUUACAGGAGUUCUUAUCCAUUUCUGAACGUAUAAUCACGCAUAGUGCUUUUGCAUUGUGUGACGUCAUGACAUUCGCAAUGGUGGGCUGCCGAGUGCGAUAAGUAGGAGAAGGUAUUGUCAAAUAAAAAAUAUAAUUUUAUUGUGUUUUUUUUAUUUUCUGUGUUGGUUCGUUGUGGACAAUCAGCCGAAAAUAUGCUGUGCAAGAAGCAGAAAAAAAUUCAGUGGCUCUCGUAGACCAUGGUAAAAGAAAACUUCGUGUUCUUCACAUGAAACUUCGGAUAGUAAUCGAAAGCUGAUAAGCCGUGAUGGGGUUGACUGUGGUUGUUGCGAGUGUUCCCAUGUGAGGCCAACCACUAUCCCUUAGGCUCCAUCAGCCAAUAAUGUCAGAACCAGCAGCACCUGGUUUCCACCAGCUCAGUGUGACAGUGGAGUGUGCACACUUGCGGACGAGUGGCAGCCUCUUCAAACCAAACCCUUAUGUGGAACUUGCAAUAGAUGACAAGGCUCCACGUCGCACUGAAGUUGUGAAGUGCACCUACCAGCCAAAGUGGAAUGAAGAAUUCACUGUGUUGGUGACACCACGGUCGGUGUUACACUUCCGCCUGCGCGACCACAGUUCGUUCCGCAAGGACACUCUGCUCGGAGAGAAGAGAGUUCCGCUGCUGGAGGUGCUGCAGCACUAUGGCGGCAGGUGCGACAACCUGGAGCUGACGCUUGACCUCAUGGCGGAGCACCCUAAGGUGGGCCAGCCCGUCAAGGUGUGUGAGCUCAUUGCCCUGCUGAACGGCUUGCGAGUGGACCCAGCCACGAUUGCUGCAGCGCAGGCUCCUCCCAGCGACGGUCCUCCAAUUCGGCCCCCACCGCCUCAGCCUCUCGGACAAACCAACUCGGAUGCGACAGGGCCUAAUCGCAGCAUUCUGAAUGGAGGCGUUAAGGGCAGGGUUCGCCUCUUGGGGGCCGAGAACACUGCCCCCAACACCGCACCCGCCAGUGCUGGUGGGAGCCCUGUCCCGUCUGCUAGCACUCCGGCCUCCCUCCGCAACUCUGGAGUGCAUCAGCUGCCUCCCUCGCACCCCAUAGCGCUGCCACCGCCAGGCCCUGCCCCUCACAGUGCGUCUGGCCCUGCAGUGCUCCCAGGUCCUCAAGCAAGUGGGAGCUCGUCUGCCUCACCUGCUCCCAUGGUGAACGGGACAGCCACCCCACCUGCAGCCCCACCCGCGAUGCCAGCGCCAGCAGGCGACCAGGCGUCCAGCAGAUCCUCGGCCGUUGAAGAACCCCUACCCGUGGGGUGGGAGAUGCGGUAUGAUGUUUACGGGCGGCGCUAUUAUGUAGACCACAACACUCGCAGUACUUCCUGGGAGCGUCCUCAGCCUUUGCCACCUGGUUGGGAAAUUCGAAGGGACCCUCGUGGGCGCAUCUACUAUGUAGACCACAACACACGUACCACAACAUGGCAGCGGCCCAACUCCGAGCGGUUGCAGCUGUUCCAGCAUUGGCAAGGGGAGAGAGCUCAUGUUGUCCAGCAGGGCAAUCAACGCUUCCUCUACCCUGUGCCAGGGCAAAGUCAAGCUGGCCCUGCCACACCUGCACCUGACCAAGAGGAAGACGCAUUGGGGCCUCUGCCUGCAGGCUGGGAAAAGAGGGUGCAGCCUGAUGGGCGGGUCUACUUUGUUAACCACAAAAACCGCACCACCCAAUGGGAGGAUCCACGAACGCAGGGUCAAGAAGUUGGAGCAGACGAAGUACCUCUGCCCCCAGGUUGGGAAAUUAGAUUGACAGAGGAUGGUGUUAGGUAUUUUGUUGAUCAUAACACACGCUCAACCACAUUUCAAGAUCCUCGACCUGGAGCACCCAAAGGGCCGAAAGGGGUGUAUGGAGUUCCACGAGCCUAUGAACGAUCUUUCCGCUGGAAACUUGGACAGUUCCGGUAUCUUUGCCAAAGUAAUGCUUUGGCAUCUCACAUAAAGAUCACUGUCACUCGACAAACACUCUUUGAAGACUCUUACCAUCAGUUGAUGAGACUGCCUGCUUACGAACUUAGGCGGCGAUUGUACAUUAUUUUCCGUGGAGAAGAAGGCUUAGAUUAUGGUGGUGUAUCACGAGAAUGGUUCUUCCUGCUAUCACAUGAGGUUUUGAAUCCAAUGUACUGUCUUUUUGAAUAUGCUAACAAAAACAACUACAGUCUUCAAAUCAAUCCUGCAUCGUAUGUCAACCCUGAUCAUUUGCUGUAUUUUAAAUUUAUCGGACGCUUCAUUGCUAUGGCUUUGUACCAUGGCCGUUUUAUAUACUCUGGUUUCACAAUGCCUUUCUAUAAGCGCAUGCUCAAUAAGAAGCUAACAAUGAAAGACAUUGAGUCCAUUGAUCCAGAAUUUUAUAAUUCCUUGGUAUGGAUUCGUGAUAACAACAUCGAUGAAUGUGGUCUGGAACUCUUCUUCAGUGUUGAUUUUGAAGUCCUUGGGCAAGUCAUACAUCACGAACUGAAAGAUGGUGGAGACAAAGAGCGAGUCACUGAAGAAAAUAAAGAAGAAUAUAUGCGCCUAAUGACAGAGUGGCGCAUGACUCGUGGCAUUGAGGAUCAGACACGUGCUUUCCUGGAAGGCUUCAAUGAAGUGGUGCCCCUGGAGUGGCUCAAGUACUUUGAUGAGCGAGAGUUGGAACUGAUGUUGUGUGGUAUGCAGGAGAUUGAUGUUGAUGAUUGGCAGCGAAAUGCCAUUUAUAGACAUUACACUCGUUCUUCAAAGCAAGUUGCUUGGUUCUGGCAGUUUGUGAGAUCAGCAGACAGUGAGAAACGGGCCCGUCUUCUGCAGUUUGUCACUGGCACUUGUAGAGUUCCUGUUGGUGGUUUUGCUGAGCUCAUGGGGAGUAAUGGACCUCAGCGAUUCUGCAUUGAGAAGGUUGGCAAAGACACAUGGUUACCACGCUCGCACACUUGCUUCAAUCGUUUAGACUUGCCACCUUACAAGAGUUAUGACCAGAUGGUGGAAAAACUUAAUUACGCAAUUGAAGAGACUGAAGGCUUCGGCCAAGAGUAGAUCCAGGAAGAACUUCAUAAUUUUCUUUGCAGGUAUAUACUUCACGUUGGUUGCAUUUCUCCACCUUCACAACCCAGAUCAACCAAGAUCAACCUCCACUCUCUCAGCUGCAACAAGCAACCGAGGCACAUGUCUUUAAAAACAUAACACCAGAGUAAAGCCCUGCAAUCCAAAUCACAAAUUUUUUUAGAACUACAGGAUCAACAUUUACUCAGUGGGCAAAAGCAGGGGAGGUGGAGGUUCUUACUCUCUGACAGCAGCAGAUGCUCCAAAGCAAAUUGUGACUUAAGCAAAUUGUCCUUCCCAACUGCCUCAAAGCAGCCCUUUCCUGAGAAGAAAAUGUACCUGUUUUUCUUGUGUAUAUACAAUAAAUAAUAUUAUGAUGGAACUGCUGGAGAAUGGCAUGGUAGGUGCUGGGAAGUCCUGUUUUAGCAUUGGGUCAACAGAAGUUCAGUUUUGAGAAAAGUGACCCAGAAAACCUGUGAUGGGUUUUUCCUUGAGGAGUGUAAUGUCCCAAUUCUCUUUUUACAUUGCCUUUGAUGUAUUUGGAAGUUAACGAAUAGUUAAGUAGGUGGGAUGAAUGCUCUAUUUUGUAUCAUAAGGGAGAGUUUGGAUUGUGGCUGUUAAUGUAGGCAGAUGUUUUUUUAUUACAGGUACUUUCAAGUUGUAAACUCAUAAAAGCAAGCGAAAUACAUUGUACCAUAAUGUAAAUAAAUGUAGGUAGUUAUAUUAAAGCUGUAUGUAGUUAAGAUACUGAACAGUUAGAGAACAGAUCACUUCUUUCCUAAGGAAAAUGGGAUUUUGGUUUUUGUAUACUUAAAAAAAACCAAUUUUUUGUAACUGUGAUGUAUAUUUGUUAUAAAAAGUGUUUAUUUUUGAAUGCCACUUCUCCAGUUGCGUAUUAAUAUUAGUAAAAAACCAUUAAAAUGGUGCACGAUUCUAGUACACUGUGAAAGAACGUGAAGAUAUUUUUGUUAUGUAAUGAUAUUUACCUAACAUAUUGCCAGUGCACAUCAACUUAUAUAUUUUGCACAUUUCAGGGCAGAUGUGUACUAUUGUAGAAGGGAUCUCCAGUAUUUUUAUUAAGUUCAUGAUAUUUUAAUUUAGAAUAUUGUUGUAGUUCAGUAGUUUUAUUGUACAGUGGUACAGUUCAAAGGUGCGGUGGUGUUGAUCAGUUGAAAUGGAGUUAAGUCUUGGUUGGUAGAGCAGCACACCAAAUAUUUUGCAUUAAUUUUCAGUUGUAUUUAGGGGCCACUUGUGAUUACAUAAUUUUUAUCAAUGUAUAUAUAGGCUACAGUAAAAUGCACAGACUAGAAUUUGGAAUGGGAUAGUGGAUUGCCUUCGUUUAAUUCUAAAUUUUGCAUUGAUGUGCAUAAUGCAGCAUUUGUGUGGGGUUUUUUGCAUGCGAGGGUGAAUAUUGAAUCAGUGUGUGAUAUUUACUUAGCUGUAAUUUGGUAGCUUUUGCCCCUUCUCACACCAAAUAUCUGAAUUUAUGUUGAUAUGAAUCCCAUUCCAUAUUCUUCGUGUAUGUAAUUAGAUGUACACAGAUUGACUUACAUGUAUGUAUGAAAGUGAUAAUAAAUUUUAGUCUCACAGUGUACAAAAUUAUAACAUUUGGUUUUAAUUGGUUAUUCUAGAAUCCAGAACUGAAGUAUUAUAUAAUAUUUCUGAGGAUGAAUUACUGUAAUGCAAUUCCUCAACAGAUUGGCUAUAUUUGAGUGUAUGAUUGUCAGAUAUUUGUAAGAUACAACAUUAUGGACAAUACUUAUAAAUUUGAUUUUCAGGAUAAAUAUAUGAACCUGAAGAAAUUGAGUUUCUUUUCUGAGUCAUUUAUGUAGUGCCCUCUACACCCACUUACAAAAAUGCACAUUUCUGGUAUCUGGAAGUUAAAUUUAUGAAGCUUGGAGUUGUGAGAUGUGUAAGUGGUGGGGGUGUUUAUUUGUUGUGUUUCAGAAUUUGUGCUUUUCUCCUGGCUCCUUUCCCCCCAACACUAUCAGUCUCCGUUCUCAUCCAAAAGUGUAACUCUGAACUUUCAAAUGAAGUAGCCCACCCAACUGCUAAUACAAAGGCUACAAAACUACAUAUUGAAAGAAAUAUUACAAAUUGAACAUUAUUUGGUAAAUGGUGUAAAAAUAAAAUAUAAAUAAAACAUC